AUGCGAGCUCGAUUAUAUACAUCUCUCCGACCAUUGUGCUCCAAGCCUGAUAUAUCUGGGCGAUAUGGAAAUACUCAAGCGGUCGAUACUCGUUCGAGAGCAAAGGUGCUAUCAUUCCAGCUGCGAGCAUCCUCCAACUGGCAAAAGCACACAGUAACCAACCCCUCGCUUCCAACUUCGUUCAACCAGAGCAAAGAUGAAAAUGCCGGCAAGCUACACCAUAUACUAACAACAACCGACUCCCUCAUCAACUGGGCCCGCCAAGGCUCCUUCUGGCCCCUCUCCUUCGGCCUCGCUUGCUGCGGCGUCGAGAUGAUGGCCGCCUCGAUGCCACGAUAUGACCAAGACCGACAGGGAAUCAUCUUCCGUGCCUCGCCCCGUCAAUCGGAUGUCAUGAUUGUCGCUGGAACUGUGACCAACAAGAUGGCGCCGGCGCUGCGUCAGCUGUACGACCAGAUGCCCGAUCCGAAGUGGGUGAUCAGUAUGGGAAGUUGUGCGAACGGGGGUGGGUAUUAUCAUCACUCGUAUAGUGUUGUCCGCGGUGUGGAUCGAUUGGUCCCGGUGGAUAUCUAUGUGCCAGGUUGUCCGCCGACGCCGGAGGCGCUUCUAUAUGGUAUUCUCCAGCUGAAGAGGAAGAUCAGUCGUACAAAGGUGACGAGGAUGUGGUAUCGGAGAUAA